AUGGAGGGCGAAUGCCGGGUGCUCUCUAUUCAGAGCCAUGUAGUCCGUGGCUACGUGGGCAACCGGGUGGCCAUGUUCCCUCUGCAGGUUUUGGGAUUUGAGGUUGAUGCCGUGAACUCUGUGCAGUUUUCAAACCAUGCAGGCUAUGCCCAUUGGAAGGGGCAGGUGCUGAAAUCCCAGGAACUGCAUGAUCUGUAUGAAGGCCUCAAGGUGAACGGUGUCAACAAGUAUGACUACGUGCUCACUGGUUACACGAGAGACACAUCCUUCCUGGCCAUGGUUGUGGACAUCGUGCAGGAGCUGAAGCAACAGAACUCCAGGCUCAUGUACGUGUGUGACCCUGUGAUGGGCGACAAGAGGAACGGGGAAGGCUUCAUGUAUGUGCCCCAGGACCUGCUUCCCGUGUACAGGGACAAAGUGGUUCCGGUGGCAGACAUCAUCACUCCCAACCAGUUUGAGGCUGAGUUGCUGAGUGGCAGAAAGAUCCACAGCCAGGAAGAAGCAUUCGAGGUGAUGGACUUGCUGCACUGUAUGGGUCCUGACACUGUGGUCAUCACCAGCUCUGACCUGCCCUCCCCACAGGGCAGCGACUACCUGAUCGCACUGGGCAGCCAGAGGAUGAGGAAGCCUGAUGGCUCCACAGUGACCCAGCGUAUCCGGCUGGAAAUGCACAAGGUGGACGCUGUCUUUGUGGGCACCGGGGACCUCUUCGCCGCCAUGCUUCUGGCGUGGACACACAAGCACCCAGACAAUCUCAAGGUGGCCUGUGAGAAAACAGUGUCUGCCAUGCAUCAUGUCCUGCAGAGGACCAUCCAGUGUGCAAAAGCCGAAGCAGGAGAAGGACAGAAGCCCAGCCCGGCUCAGCUGGAGCUGAGGAUGGUCCAGAGCAAAAAGGACAUCGAGGACCCCGAGAUCGUCGUACAGGCCACGGUGCUGUGAGGAUCAUGCACGCUCGCCCUGACACGCAGCGAGCUGAGGUGUCUGUCUCCAUCCCUGUGAAAAGCUGUAACGUCUGCCUUAGAGCCGUGACUGAAACUUGACAUUGUGUUCCUUCCUGAGGGUCGGGUCUCAGCCAGUCUCUAUCGUGAAAAUGUGCCAUUGUGCUAUUUUUUUUUAAAAAAUGACAAAGCCGUUGUAGAAAUAUGUGAUUCAGACCCAUGGCCCCUUCCCCAAAGGCUCUGGGCCUCUGACUGCCUCCUGUUGCCUCAUAGGUAUGUGGAAGGUAGGUGGGGGAGGCCUGCCUGCUGCCUCUGGAUCUUUCUUUCUGUUGGCCACUAGCUGCCAUUGUCCCAUGUGUCUACACAACCCCUGAUUGUGUAUAGACUCUGCUCCCUGUGUCUUUAAAACCGGGUUAGGUCUUAACCGUUGGCAUCUGAAGAAUCCGCCAAAUAUCUUCAUUGCCAUUUUGGUCCUUCCCUUGUUCCUGCAUUAGAGUUUCUGUGUGUCUCUGCUGCUCUUUGGGUGACAUCUCGAAUGUCAGAUAUAUGCAGCUGUUGGACUGUGUGGAAAGGUUUCCUAUUCUCAUGGCUGGGUAGGCUCACAAGCAUGUGGUCACUGACAGGAACCUUGUAAGGAAGCAGAACAUUCCAGAGCAUCUGCAGCCACCUGGGCCUCUGCAGGUUCUCCUGUCACUUGGGAGCAAAUUCUAGGAAACUGACCAACAUGGUGUUGGGCUGCUGAGCGCAGGGCAGCUUGGGAGUUCAGGGAAGUUGUCCACACUGGGCUUGUGUGAGUGCUCACCCAGGCCUGCAGGGCUGUCCGCUGGCCGUGGACCUGCCACAUGCUGCUGGACUGGACAUUGCUGAACAGGGGUUUGGACAGACAGGGAAGGAGAGGCAGAGAUGCCUCCUGCCCCCUGGUGGCAUACUUAAGUACUGGUUUCUCUCCUCCUCCACCCCCUUUUCUGUAUUCUGUGCCCACUUUAUUUUGAGGAGCAAGAGGCCCUUACGUGAAGCCAGUUAGCUGUCUGCCUUCUUGGAAGGUCUCUACAGAUCAUAUUGGCAUUGUGCAUGCAGGGGUGUCCCUUACACCCCAGCUGGAGACUGUGAUAUGUCCCUUUGCCUAUACUGCUCAAGGGUGAAUUUCCUGGCUCUGCUUCCCAGAGCUUAAGGUCCCUAGUCAUGUCUGUGAGUUUGGGCUUUUCACUCACGAUCUCUCUACCCACACCCAUCUCCCUGCUCCUCAAUCCUUGAGAUGUGUAUCCUCUGAGAAGCCUAAGGAGAACUGGGAGGCUGAAAGAGGUGGAGAAUAGAUCCUGCCUCCCUCUCUCCCAGAAGCAUAGUGCCUCCAUGGACCUCUGAGUGCCACAGCCUGUCACCCCAUUAAAAUUCCCCAGAUAGAAGAGAUGCUGGCCCAUGUCACCUGAACCAGCCCAUAGUCGGAGGUGCCUGUUAAGCUAUUUACAACUUUGAAGGAAGCAGAAAACUGGUCUCUCUCUCUC